UGGGACCAAGUUCGUGAAGAGGGGAGCCCGGCGGGGGGGUGGGGGGAGCAAAAGACCCGCGGCCUCGGCCCCUCCAAAGAGCCGAGAGAUGACGGGGAAAGCAGGGGAAGCGCUGAGCAAGCCCAAAGCCGAGACAGUAGCCAAGAGUACCUCGGGGAGCGCCCCAGCCAGGUGCACCGGGUUUGGCAUCCAGGAGAUCCUGGGCUUGAACAAGGAGCCCCCCAGCUCUCAUCCGCGGGCUGCCCUAGACGGUUUGGCCCCCGGGCACUUGCUGGCUGCACGAUCCGUGCUCAGUCCCGCAGGAGUGGGCGGCAUGGGGCUACUGGGGCCCGGGGGGCUCCCCGGCUUCUACGCACAGCCCACCUUCCUGGAAGUGCUGUCCGACCCGCAGAGCGUCCACUUGCAGCCGCUGGGCAGAGCGUCGGGACCUCUGGACACCAGCCAGACGGCCAGCUCAGAUUCUGAAGAUGUUUCCUCCAGCGACCGAAAAAUGUCCAAAUCGGCUCUAAACCAGACUAAGAAACGGAAGAAGCGGAGACACAGGACAAUCUUUACCUCCUACCAGCUAGAGGAGCUGGAGAAGGCGUUCAAUGAGGCCCACUACCCAGACGUCUAUGCCCGGGAAAUGCUGGCCAUGAAAACGGAGCUGCCCGAAGACAGGAUACAGGUCUGGUUCCAGAACCGCAGAGCCAAGUGGAGGAAGCGAGAGAAAUGCUGGGGCCGGAGCAGCGUUAUGGCGGAGUACGGGCUCUACGGGGCCAUGGUGCGCCACUCCAUCCCCCUGCCCGAGUCCAUCCUCAAGUCCGCCAAGGAUGGCAUCAUGGACUCCUGUGCCCCGUGGCUGCUGGUUCAAGAUGGCUUUCCCAGGCGCUUUUCUAAACCCGAAUACCAACAAUUCUUUUUAGGGAUGCACAAAAAGUCGCUGGAGGCGGCAGCCGAGUCGGGGAGGAAGCCCGAGGCGGAGCGCCAGGCCCUGCCCAAGCUCGACAAGGUGGAGCAGGAGGAGCGGGGCCCCGACGGCCCGGCCACCAUGUCCCAGGAGGAACUGAGGGAGAACAGCAUCGCGGCGCUCCGAGCCAGAGCGCAGGAGCACAGCACCAAAGUGCUGGGGACUGUGUCUGGGCCCGACAGCCUGGCCCGCAGCGCCGAGGAGCCCGACGAGGAGGAGGCCACGGACGAAGACAGGCCGGCGGAGAAGAUGAGUCCACCGCAGCUCGAGGACAUGGCUUAGGUCAAGGGUGCGCGGACACCGCAGCCCCGGCACGCUGCUCUCCUCCGGGCCGGUGGUGUCGGGAGGUGCUCUCCGAGGCGGGGGCCCAGGCCUGGCUCCUGCCCCCCUCCCCCACCCCCAGGCCCUCUGUGACCCUCUGCCCCCCUCCCCCACCCCCUCCGGCCCUCCGUGCCACCGCUGCCCCCGUGACUUCAGGCCCAGUUCCCUUCUGGCCGAGGCUUUGGGCCAUGAUGAGACCUCCCUGGUCCUGACCUGGUCAGCAUCCUCCUCCUUCUCCUCCUCCUCGCCCUCACAGCCCACCUCAAAAGGCUUCGUGCUGCCCCACCGCACCCCCUCAAGCUGCUUGCACUCACUCUUUUGGUGACUCAUGGUCCAGACCCACCCCUUACUGUCCAUUCUCUUGCUUGAACCCGCCCUCCUUCCCAGCUCUACACCCUCUGUGGAUUCUGCUCCGUUCAGACCCAGAGCCCGCUGCUGCAAACACAUGGCGCUGACAGGGAUGGAGGACUUGCACUCCAGCGCCAGUGUCCUGAGCGCCCCCAGGAAAACUCUGCUCCCCCACCUGCUCUUUCCGAAAUGCGCGCAUGUCCCCCAGGCCCAGGCACAACCUCUGCCAGCCCCUGUCCCUGGAGCCCGGAUUCCAGAUUCAACUUGGAAAGUCUCAGCCUGGGCCCCUCGGCCACUGUUCAUGUCACAGUCUCCAUGGUCACCCUCAGGAACCCGCCCUCUCCACCCCCAGCCCAUCCCACUCUUCCUCCCAGCACAGGGGCUCCGAGACCUGGGUGGCAGCAGACAGUACCUGCAGGGCCUCUCUGCCCUGCAGCCAGGGGGCACCUCUCACAGGUGCUGUGGCUCACUGCGCCUUUGGGAGGCGCCUGUGGGUGUGUGUUCUGGAGCAUCUUGACCUCUGAUGCGCUGCCUGUGACCCUGACUUGCCCUGUAAAACACCCUUCCCCUAGAGCUUCUUGCAAACUACUGGUUCACCUACGCCCAGCCUUGGAGCAGCCCAAUCCAGUGUGAAAUGACACAUCAGAAACCACAGAUCUUGACCCAGCUUGCUCUGGGCCAUUCCUGCAGUGGGCCUGGGGCUAUAAACAGACAUCAAGGGUUGGUCACAAGACGGGUGUGAGGAAAGGCUUGAAGGAGAGCAAAGGAGGAGCCAGUGUCAGACCCAAACUAAGCUACGGGCACCCAGACCUUCACCCCAGGUGUAAGCCACUCGAGUCAGGGACGGUGUUGGGAUAGGACACUGGGGGCUUCUUCCUGCCUGCUUACGGGAGGACCUGUCCAUACCAGUGGCCUCUCCGCGUCUUCCCCUUCCACCCCCAGGCCAGGCACAUGUCCCCCUCAUCCCCAUGGCACUUUCCUCUACCGUCGCACCCGCCUUUGCAGGGAAUCCCUUGCAGGAGAAAGACCUGAGACAGUGAGUUGGGAUUUUGAUUCCAUAUCAAAAGUUGAUUUCUUCUUCAUCCUGUUCAUGACCUCCCCCAACCCCGCCCCAGUUCUUGUCUUUGUCUCCCACUGGUUUGAAGUGUUAGACUGUAGCCCCUGGUGUGUAAAUACUGUACAUAGAGUGAGAAGAAAGAAACUUGAUAUCGAGGUGUUUGAAAUAUGGAACUGUAAUAACUUCUAGGUAUCUGAAACCUGUGAUUUCUGUGCCAUUUUCUGUAAAGAUACAAGUAAGAAUAAAAUUGAUGUAAAAACAGCA